AUGGGCCGCAGUCAUGGUGCGCUUCCUGCAGGGUGCCCUCUCUGCAAAGCUACGGCGUCGCCCUCGUCGAUCUUGCCCUUGUGGCCUGGCGAUGCAGACGACUUUCACCAGUAUGUCGCCGUGCAUAGCCAGUCCAACGACGAAAGCCAUCAGCUACUCAUGUCUGUGCGCGAUCUCGUUUUUGCUAUUCAGUCGUAUGCGAUGGCCGCACACGGCUUGCGCAGCGCCGCCAUGGCACGCGCAGCGAGCACUGUGCAGGUCGCUCUGCAACGAGGCGCCAUCCGGGAUGCGCAUGCCGCUUCCAGUCUUCAGGAUGCACUGGCAGCGCUCCAUCGUGCUGUUGCCCAGGCGGAGCACCUGUCCCGCCAUCUCUCCACUGCGCACACGUCGCUGGCGGAGCGCGCACGACGCUUGCAUGCACAGGAAGUUCGCGGCAGGGAGGAUCGCAUUGCUUUGGACGCAGCAAAGCGGAAGUUUCACAAAGAGCGCAUUCUCUGGAAGCAGAAACAGAAGCAGGUCCUCGCUGCGCAGGCGGAGGUCGAGGCUCAUGCGACCUCGAUGCGCGAGCGCGAAAAUGCGCUGCAAACAGAGAAAAGUACCUACAUGGCGCGUGCGCAAGAAAGCAUUGCACAGGCAAAAAGCGCCAGUGCAGAAGCUAUCCGACGGGCAGCACUGGCUGAGCAAGCAGCACAGCAGCAAGUAGCCCAGGCCGAGGAGCAAAUGCACCGCGCUGAAGAGCGUGCCGCUGAUGUCGCAGAAGCCCUGGAGGAAACUCGCGCUCGGAAUCAGCGCCUUGCGGACCAGAUGCGUGAUAUGCAGCGCGCGCAUGCUGAGAGUCGCGCCAAGCGCAAGGCCGACAAGGCGCGUCUGGAAGAAUUACACGACCAGCUUCGUGCGAUGGAGCGCGCUGCUCCUGAUACCCACCGAGCGCCCCUUGCCGAGUGCCCACAGCCCAGCGACCUGUCUAGCAGUCCGGUUCGGGAGACGCCUAGCACAAAGUGCGCUGCGCAGCUACUAGACGAUUUGGACGAUGCACAGUAUCCGAUGCCGGGCGCUCAUCUAGCCCUUUCUACCAAACCCAAGGCGCCCAUCCAGCGCACGUUGGAUGUAUGGAAUCCAGGAAAGACCGUCGCACUAGGGCCGCGCAGGCGCGUGCGCUAA